AUGGGUGAACUGUUCGCUUUUCAUAAGGUUGUAGGUAACCGGAUGUCCGAUGUCCAUGCCAUCUGUGAUCAGCAAGGCACUUCAUCACAGUCGGGACAGCACACGAAAUUUAACGUCCCAGAUGCUUGUGAAAGGAUAAAGGAUGAGCUAACAAAUCUCCAGCAACAAUGUCACAGUCUUAAACUUGAGUAUGAAAAAGCAAUACAGGAGAAGACGGAGUUACAGCGUCACUAUAUUUUGUAUUACGAGAUAACGUACGGACUGAAUGUUGAGAUGCACAAACAGGUAAUGUUCCGUUUCACUACCGUGUCUGAUGCUAUGGAGAUUGCUAAACGCUUGGGGGCCAUUUUGGUCCAAGUCAUUCCUUUCUUGUCACAGGAGCACCAAUCGCAAGUUGCAGCUGCUGUUGAGCGAGCUAAACAAGUGACGCCUUCAGAGUUGACAAAUCUCAUCAGCUCUCAAAUGGAUGACUUGAAAAACCAAAAAUUUCUAAAUGGCAGUUUGGGUGGCCCCUUUGACCAAAUGGACAUCUUGAAGACUAUGCAACAACAACAACUUUUACUAGCUGGAGGUUCCGCCAACUUACCUGGAGGGUUUCCUCAUGGCUUCAACUCACCAUCUUUUGGACCUCUAUCGGAUGGCACUGGUGCACUUUCAAUGUCUGGUCCAAGGACGUCAACCAGCCUGCCGGCAUCUUCGCUUAGCACUACUCCUGGUCUUAAUGCCACACCACCGUGCACAGCGAUUUCUGGGUUACCUAGUGGACUUCCAUCACUUGGAAACAGUAAUCCAAAUUUGGCGCUCCCACCGAAUCCCUUCUUGUCCCAGCUCAUGGUUCCAGCCUCAACCGCUCCUUGCACAAAUUCCUUGGGCAAUAUUCCUAACCCAUCUACCUCCGUCCCCGGUGGAUCUCCAGCCUUCCUUUCUGGACUGGCACAGUCGCAUCCAGCGGUUGCUGCUGCAAUGGCAAUUGCUGCUGGUUUCCCUCCUCCAAACGCGCCCGGAAAUCCUAAUCAACCACUGAACCCCAUGCUUAAUAGUAGUAGUCAUGUGUUCCCCUCCCAAUUGCCUGCACAUAUGAACAACAUGGCACCGUCUUUCCCAGGGUCAUCGGUCAAUGUAUCAGGCGCGCCUCUUUCUUCUCUAUCCAACUCAGCAGCCCCGCCAUCUACGCUUAUGUCAAGUCCUUAUCACGCGACUCCCGGUUCCGUUGGUCAGAGUUCCUUUUCCCCCACUUCAUCUUCCUUCACCUCACCUUCUGCCGGCUCACGAUUCCUCGGUGCACCGCCAGACGGUAUUGGUGGCCUACCUCCCUUUCCUCCGAUGAUGUCUCCUGCAGCUCUGUCGAUGAUCAUGAGCGAUAAAAGCUUGGACGAAAAGCAGCGGACCGCUGCAGCCGCAGCCAUGGCAGCGGCGAUGGCCGCCGCAGCUGCCAGUUGUUCUGCCGGUGCUUUUGGAUUACCGCCAUCAGGCACAGGAUUACCUGGUGGAUCUUCCACCGCAUCAGUGAUGGAUGCACACAGUUUGAUGGCAACUAUGGCCAGUUUUGCAGCCGCACAGUCCGCUGCUGCAGCUGCUGCCGCUGGUCUUGCCCCAGACUCCUCAACAGGAUUACCCAACUCUGCGUUAGCAAUGACAGGUCCUCAGCAUCUUUUAAGCGGGCCAAACAGUGGGCUGAGCAACAGCCUUUUACCUCCUUCAGCUACAAGUACUGCAAACAUGAUGCCAAACUUUGGUUCUCCUUUUCCAAGUUCCGUCCACGGGCUGCCGCCUCCUAAAAGCUCAACACCUCUUGCCAACUCAGGUCACCGACAGCGUCCAAGCUCCUACUCUCCCGGACCAAAUGAUUUACAUGCUCAUCAGGACGAGAAACGUCGGCGGACCGAUCGGCCCACCUCAGACGAGGCCAACAAUCACAUGUUUGGAAGUGAAGAAAAUGGCUUGGACUCAUUUUCUUCCGCAUGGAACGAUAAACUGGUCCGUGAUCGAUCGGCGACUCGAGGUAAAGCUGCGCCUGGCACCCCAGUCACUCGAUGUCACACACCAUCAGCCAAGUCAAGCGCUGCUUCCAAAACUCCCUCAAUCAAUAAUGCCCUUGAACACGGACCACGUGUUUCGGAACCUGUAACGGAAGCAGAGAGAAAAGAAUCUAAUGACAGUCCCCCAACACUAAGUGCAAACAGUCUUACAAAUGGCUCAGAAAGUCGUGGGGUAACCCCCAGUCCACAUGGGGUGAAUGAUCUUGUUCCAUCAAAAGCUAACACGUUCAUCAAAGCUCCCGCUUCUCCCUCAUCCCUCGCAAUGGGAGUGAAUAAAUUGCCAUCUAAUUCAACUGCAGACUUUGCCAACACCAGUCCAGUCUCGAAUUCACUUACCUCUGGUUUGGUUAAUCUUCCGGGCGUCAGUGCAGUCUCUUUGUCUCCACCACACCUCACUUCGGACGGCGCUACACCUUCCACCGAUGUCUACCCACUCACUCCAAACAGCCUUCCUAAUAUCCCCGGCUCGGUCCCGUUGGAUAAGAUUACGAACCCGAGUUCUCUCCCAGCAAACAAUGGUGGUCUGCUCACCACGUCACUCGCUGCAGUGACUGCAACUGGUGCGUCUAUAGGUUCUACCUUCGAUGCUGAAACAAACGGUCCAGAGUCAGGAUUUCCGAACUUAUCACGUGGACUUCAUUCGGUACCACCUCAACCACCUUUUUCCCCCUCGUCUUCAACUGCCGCAGCUGUCGCUGCUGUAGCAGCUGCUGCUGCGGCGGCUGCAGCGGCGGCAGCUGUUUCCAGUGGUUCGAUGAUGAUGCCCACUGGGCCACCAUUACCAUCAAAUUUGCCUGUUCUUCCACCAGCGACUUUCCCACCGAUGAUGUUUGAUGCUGGUUACAGCACUCCCUCUCUCUCGGGUAUCCCCAGCCUUGGAAGACCUCCCUAUUCGUUUCUCCUGUUGGACAAUCAACCCCCCACCCCGGUUCCCCUCCCACCGGAAGCAUUUUACAGCCCGGGCGUGCCUGUUCAAGCCAAGCCGAUUCACUGUUUUGACCAUGGGGACGUCGUAUGUGCAGUGACCAUCAACAACUCAACUCGUCACGUAUACACUGGGGGUAAGGGAAGUGUGAAACUGUGGGAUCUUCAUGCAGCUACUUCAUGCGCUUCCUCUCCCGGGGCAAACAGCCCGCCUGGAUCGAAUGGGUCUCUCUCGCAGCCGAAGCACUGUCUCGCCAGCCUUGACUGUCUGCAAAGAGACAAAUAUGUGCGGUCCAUCAAAUUGACACAAGAUGGGCGCACCUUGUUGGUCGGUGGUGAGUCCAGCAUUUUGAGUGUUUGGGAUCUGGGCUCUCCCAGUCCACGUCGCAAAUGUGAACUCAACUUCUCUGCUCCUGCGUGCUAUGCAUUGGCGGUGUCUCCGGAUGGCAAACUUUGUUUCAGUUGCUGCUCCAACGGUAAUAUCGGUGUCUGGGAUAUCCAUAACCGAACGCUCAUACGUCAGUAUCAGGGGCAUUCGGAAGGGGCCUCUUGUGUGGAUAUCCGGUCUGAUGGAACCAAGUUAUGGACUGGUGGUUUGGACAAAACUGUUCGAUGUUGGGACCUACGUGAGCACUGCCAAACAAAUCAGUUCGAAUUCAGUGGGCAGGUCUUUUCGUUGGGCUUUUCACCGUCUGGAGAUUGGCUUGCCGUAGGACUGGAGACGGAUCAAGUGGAAGUAUUUAGUCCCAACCAUCCAGAAAAGUAUCAGCUUACUCUACACGAGAGCUCAGUCUUAUCGCUGAAAUUCGCUCACAGUGGGCUGUGGUUUGCUUCGACUGGUAAAGAUCAUUGCUUAUACGCGUGGCGGACGCCGUACGGAGCCAAUCUGUUCCAGCUGAAGGAAAAUUCCUCGGUGUUGAGCUGCGACAUUUCCCUAGACGACAAGUUUCUAGUCAGCGGGUCAGGUGACCGAAAAGCUACAGUUUACGAAAUCGCUUACUAACUGCUCUUCAUCGAGCCAUACCCAGCGACUAUUUUUCAUUCGUUGUCAAUUCCCGUCACCGGUUUCUCUAUCUUUUCCAUUUCUAUUACUAUGCGCAUCACGAAAAACUACCUAUAUGACCAUCCCUCCCGCAUCAUUGCCACAGAACAACCCUAUUCAACUUAUGUUCCUCCGGUCACACAACUAUGUACGAAACGAACCCUCUAAUAGAGAAUCACAAUCUUUGUUCCUCGCUGAUGAUGCGUUCCUGCCGGGUUGAUCUCAUGACUACUACUUGCAUUUCGAACCGUUAGUUACCUGUUUUGACCAUUUUCCGCAUGUCGUCGAAUCUGUACAGUUGGUUUUGUCUAUCAUGAUUUACAUACCAGUGGAUUUGACAUAAAAUGUGAACAAAAACCUCUCCAUUUCAUGAGCCCCAGCAGGUGAAUCUGAUGCCCCAGCGUCUUGUUUACUUUACUGGGCUGAUUUGGCUUCACACACACACACUGCUUGCUGUUGUCAACUCCGCCCCAUUUUUUCUACAAAUUAACAGCUACUUGAACCUCUUGUACAGCUUCACAACCUUUACGUGUGUUUAUCUCGUGAAUACUCAACGUUGUCGUAAUCAGCUUCGUCUACAGCCAGCUCGGCUGGUUCCGUUUAGUUUGUUUCUUCACUGCCAGACCUAUGCUCCAGUUGGCAAGAACUAUAUUUACAGCGGAACUUAUUGUUGUGACAAUCGAACCAAUUUCAAUAAACU